AUUUCUAAAUACUUUACUUUGCUCUUCUAUUUCCAGGAUGUCCUUCAGGAGGAGUUACUUGCACGGCUACAGUCAAGACUCCAGCAAGCACUUUCCAGGCAGCCUCUUGAUUUGGACUUCCUAGAGUUUGUCUGCUGCAACGAAUUAGUUUUAUUUCAAUCUUUUGCUGAUCAGAUCCACAUAGACAAUGAUAUUUUGCAGCAGUUAAACUAUUUGUUAGAGCUGGUCCAUGCGGCAAUUGUGAACAGUCCAACUGAAUCACAUUUUGACACAGCUGUGGGUUUGAGGGGAAAACCCAGAAUGAUAAUCCAGAAAGAUCAGCUGCAACAUUUGUUAGACUCACAAUUCUCUGUACCAUGCAUAGCUCAGUUAUUAGGUGUAUCACCAAGAACUAUUUUUCGAAGGAUGGCAGAGUAUGGGCUGAGCGUGAGAGGAUUCUACAGCACCAUGACUGACGCAGAGCUCGAUAAUAUGGUCAGAGCUAUUAAAACACAGAUGCCCAAUGCAGGGUACAGGAGUGUAAAGGGACAGCUCAUGGCAAUGGGUAGCCGUGUUCAAUGGGAGAGGAUUACAGACUCCAUGCAUCGUCUCGAUGCAGCUGGAAUCCUGUCCCGACUUGCGAGGCUUGGCUGCACUGUACGAAGAUCAUACUCAGUACGAGGUCCCCUUGCAUUGGUGCACAUUGACACAAACCAUAAACUCAUCAGGUACAACCUGGUCAUAUUUGGUGGAGUUGAUGGAUUUUCCAGAAAGGUCCUGUACUUGGAUGCAGCAACCAACAACCGUGCCAAUACAGCAUUCUCCGUUUUCCUUGAGGCCACUCGGUUACAUGGUGUUCCAUCAAGGGUUCGUGGAGAUCAAGGCGUUGAAAAUGUGGACAUUGCCCAUUUCAUGUUCGAGAGACGUGGAACCGGUCGAGCUAGCUUUAUCUCGGGAAAGAGUGUACACAAUCAAAGGAUUGAACGGAUGUGGCGAGAUGUGUGGAUGGCUGUGACUUGCAUCUUUUAUGAUGUGCUUCACACGCUCGAGGAAGAUGGUGUUUUGGACAUAGCAAACAUAAUGCACCUUUUCUGCGUGCAUUAUGUCUUCCUGCCUCGCCUUCGAUCAGCACUACAGGUCUUUGUAGCUGGCUGGAAUCACCAUCCCCUCAGAACGGAGAGAAACCACACCCCAGAGCAGCUGUGGCAGAUGGGACACCUCAACACUCCACAGGACAGUGAAGAUCUUGAGGACCUGCAAAAUCGAGAACUGGACAGGGAGGGUUCCCUGAUGACCCCAGAGGCCACUGUCGGAGGAGUUCAGGUCCCGGAAUUUCAACCGCCUCUGCCUGCUGAAGAUCUGGCAGUACUUCAGUCGGCAAUCAACCCUUUAAUUGAUUCAGAUUCAAAUGGUUAUGACCUUUAUAUACAGGUGUUAGAAUUUGUUAAACACACGCUUCAACACCCCAUUGAUUAGGUAGUUCUGGGUCCAACUAACACAGAGAACUCAAGCCUGCAUCACACCAGGUCGUUUUUUUUGUUGCUAUUAUUUAUAGAUAUAAGUGGGAGGUGAUCUCCAUUGUGCAAUUACUUGCUGGAAUUCGUCAACUUUUUCAAACAGAACAGCAGGGAUUCUUGUAUUGUGGAAUAAAAUGCUGAACUCAAAAAGCCCACCGCAAUGCAUUUCCUUUUUACAGCAUAUUGAAACGCAAGAAAAGAUCCAACACACUAAUUGGCUAUUCACAUUGAACAAUGUGGAUUCAAAGCAAAACAAUCUGAAAUAGUUAAGUUUAAAGAAAUUCGCUUUAGA